UGUCAGCUUCUCAGCCUCAGCGUGGACGGGCUGUACCACUGUGAUCACUGCGGGGAGGGGGGCAGUAAAAGGCCAGUUUCACUCAGUCAUUCAUCAGGAUUAAGCCUUUCUCCAGUCUUCUGGAGGAAAACAGAAAAUCCUGCGAGAAAGAGGAGCAGCGUUUCACGAAGCCGUGGAGGAAAAUCACAAGUAGGAGAUUAGCGGGAGACCGGGGAGGGAGGGGGGGACACUGGAAGGGGAGCAGUGAAGACCGCGUCUGUUUUCAAGAAGUCCCAAUUUUCUUCUUCUCCCCCGGCUGCUACCUGCAGACCGACAAGGAAGCGUCACCAUGACAACGGAGAUGCAGGAGAUUGCCAUUACGGAGGAAAAGCCUUUACUCACGGGUCAGGCCGACGCAGCUAAGGAUGCUGUGGAGCUGGCUGCUAGGAUCCUCCUGGACCAAGGACAGGAACACACCGUCGAGACCCCCCAUGGUGUCCUGCAUGUGACCCUCCAUGGCUCACGGACCAGCCGCAGGCCCGCCAUCCUCACCUUCCACGAUGUGGGUCUGGACAGUAAGAGCUGCUUCGAUCCUCUCUUCAAAUUCGAGGAGAUGCAAGAGAUUGUCAAGAACUUCACCCUGAUUCACAUCAAUGCUCCGGGGCAGGAGGAGGGGGCGCCUGCUUACCCCCCGGGGUACCAAUAUCCCUCCAUGGAGACCAUAGCAGAGAUGAUCCCAGCUGUGCUGCAGUUUUUCAACUUCCGUACAGUAAUCGGAGUGGGAGUGGGGGCUGGAGCGUACGUCCUCUCCAAGUUCACACUGGCUAACCCGGACGCGGUGGAGGGGCUGGUCCUGGUCAACAUCGACACUGACGCUCGGGGUUGGCUGGACUGGGCCGCUCAGAAGCUCAGCUCAGUCACCUCCUCCCUCACAGAGCAGAUUCUGUGUCACCUCUUCAGUCAGGAGGAGCUGUCUUCAAACACAGAUGUGGUGCAGUUCCACCGGGAGCGCAUUAACAAAGCUUCUAACCUGGUCAACAUAGAGCUCUUCUGGAAAUCCUACAACGGCCGCAGAGACCUGAGCCUCGACCGUAACUACACCUUCAAGUGUCCCGUCAUGCUGGUGGUGGGUGAUCAAGCUCCUUAUGAGGAGGCUGCUGUGGAGUGCAACAGCAAGCUGGAUCCAACAACAACAUCCUUCCUGAAGAUGGCUGAUGCUGGUGGACUCCCGCAGCUCACUCAGCCGGCUAAACUGACCGAAGCGUUCAAGUAUUUCAUUCAAGGCAUGGGCUACAUGGCCUCCUCCUGCAUGACCCGCCUGUCCCGCUCCCGCACCACCUCCCUGUCCUCCUCCUACUCCAUGGACGGGUCGCGCUCCCGCUCGCGCACCCUGUCCCAGGGCUCGCAGGGGGGCCAGAUGCCGCCCAGCCCCUCCCAAACCAUGGAGGUGUCCUGUUGAAGAAAGCAACCAUGAGGCGGGAGAGAGAGAAGGGCGGAGCCGUGACAGAAAUGCAGGAACAAGACAAACUCCCAUCAUUCCCCGCAAGAGAAGAUCCGCCAGGGAGGCAGAGGGAGGGGGAGGAGGAGUCCUUUCAGAGCUGGGGAGUCUCUCUCUGCAGCUUCAGGCUCUCUGGUAACAGAGCCCCUUUGAAGCAUCAGGAGAAAAGAAAAAAAAAAACGUCUUCCUCCUCCUCCUCUUCCUCCUUCUAUCAGUCAGUACAGCCCUUUAACUGGCACAGAGAGUGUGACCCCCCCCCCCAUUAACCAGGAUAGUUAGGUUUCUGAAAACAGAGUAGCUGUUGAUGCUGGCGAGAGUGGAGAUGAUGAUCACUAUAACCUAAAGGAAAAAUGUUCUCUUUAUUAUAUAUCAACUUUAUUAUGACAUCGAGAAAAUAAUAGUUAGAAUAUUUGCAUCGACGUGACUUUUCCUUUUUUCUGUCGGUUUUCUUUCCACCCUUCACCCGUCUGAACGGGGGCAGAAAACAGACCCGUGUGCGGCAGCCAUGAUCCUGAAGACUCCUCCUUAAUGUUGCUAGGUUGUUCGUGUCUUCCAUUGCCCCCCCCCCUCCAUCUUCAGUGAGUGUUGUUGAGGAGGCGGGCGGGAAGCCUGUUUUCCCCCCUGGAUUUUCUGUGAGUGUGUGUUGAAGGUCAGAAGUGUGCCUCAGUUUCCCAUCAUGCCUCUGCAGACAGCAGGCGUGCAGAAAAUAGUGCUUCCAGCCCUGCUGGGAGGGGCCAUCGCUCAGGCUGGGAUGCGGCGGUCGGCCCCACACCUGCCCCUCAACACUUCCCGAAACAUGGAGACAACGCUGUGCAAACCCAAAAUAGGUUACAGGUGUAAAAAGGUCAUCACCAGCCUUGGAACCGCAUGAUCCCAGCAACCAAUCAGGCAUCAGAGCCAAACAUGAGCUGCGACCUCAGUUAAGAUGAACUCCACGGCCCUCGGUAGUGCACGUUCAUGCAGCCACUUUCAAUUAAUAGUAUCUGUAAACACGCGUAGACGCAUGUUUCAGGCUUCUGCGUUCAAAACUCGUGUGUUCACUCAAGUUUCUACAACCGUUUUUGGGGUCUCCAUAAAAAAAUAUAAGGACAAUGAACAUACAUUGAAAGUUAAACUAGGUCAAACUUUGACCAAUCUGAGACUCGGAUCUGGUAUAGACUUGUGGAUGGCGUCCCUAUUAAUUCACGAAAGGCGCCAACUGUUUGAAAAUAGUCUGACCACGGUGGAGAGGAAGUCUGACAACGUCUGCGUUUGUUUUUCAAAUAAAGAUAAAACAAGGCCUCGCUCCGUACUUGAUGUUAAUCCAUGUCCGCCAUUUUGCAAUGGAUGUUAGUAAUGCAGCGUUUCCGUUUCCUGCCCAAUUCGUCAGGUUUGCACCGUUUGGACAUUUCACACCAAGCCAGUAAACAGUAGAAAAAUAAUAAUGAGAAGCCCCUCCCUGCUUGUCCAGUGUGAAGACCAUGUGCUUGAAGGGACUUUUGAGAUCUGUCCCCACAACACGUCAGGUGGUGAACUAACGUAGAGCUUAAGAGCAGCAACAUCUCAAACAUCUAGAAAUCCCAUCAGCAUGAAGAAAGCCAGGACGUUUCCUGCAGGAGAGCCUCUUAAACAAAAACAGUCCACAGACGCUCUAAUAAGCUAUUAAACCUCAGGUUUAGUAAAUGAACUGCAAACAGAGGAAUCUGUAGUUUUAAACCAAAAUGUGAAUUCAGAGGAAAUCUCCAAAAUAAAGAUUUGCUGCAAACGUUGAUAUUGCUUCACUUGGAUGAGUAGGAGGAAAUUGUCAGAAUCCAUUUCCAUAAAUGAUCUUUCAGAUUAACUAAAUCAUCUCAAGCAAAUCAUCAGAAUCUUAUUCUUUUCAGUUUUCUUGAAUAAUUAAGUGCAAAGACUACAGUUCUGAUAGAGACUAAGCGAUGGUAUCAGAAGAGAAGUGUUGGCAUUGCCCUGUUUCCAUAAACUCAGAGAGAAUGCAUGAGCUGCUGGUCCUGGAGCAGCCCAAAGAGAGGAGGGCCAUGGCCACAAGGGGGAGCCAGAGUCAUUUUUAACAGGAGUCCCCCUGGACUCGCCACUGACCAUGAAACAGCGCUGUCACUGCCAUCUCACCCACGUGCAGCUGUCGCACAAACAUCCGCAAAGUUGGCUGUGCAUCAGCGUGCUGCCAAAACAAGAGUCGGGUGUCUGUUCCCCUAAACAUGCACCUUCUGCAUCUCUGUCUCAGUGAAGCCCACCUCCAGAAGGAGGACAAUUUCUUUACAAAGCCUAACACUGCCCGGUUACCGUUAAACCAACAAGAGAAACCUGGAUGUGGAGCCAUUUUGGUGCCAUUGGAGCAGAUUUUUUAGCAGCUUUUAUGAAUUAGAAAAAGCCAAAUUUUAGCGACUGAGCUUUUGUCUUUAACUCUUCGCAGAGCGAACGUCCCAAACCUUUGUGAGGAGAGUGAGUGAUGUUUGGAUUGUGAGGAACAGAGAGGCAGUGGAGGUUUUCAGUGAGACUACAGAAGAGUCAAAGCGUGGUGCACAAAACGAUCCAACGAAGAUAAGAGGAACGGGGUGGAAGAAGGCGGGAAACUAAGGCGAGCCUUUAGUCUGAGGGGUGAAGCAGGCUGGUGUGAUUGAAAAUGGUUCAUUUUGUCUUCUGUUGUCUGUCAAGUUUUGCUUUGACGACAUUUUCGUUUUGGUUUCAUAACUUCUUUUUAUUCUUAAAGUAUUUGAAGUGUUAGCUUCCCGUCCCCACGUGCUCACAACUUAGUUAACCGUGUGAUAGUUCCUGUGUAACUUUUAUAGCAUUAGCAGUUGUAAGGAAGAAUAAUAUAAUUAACAAUGAUAAGAGAAAAAGUGAAGAAUCAAAUUUACUUGUGUGGCAUUUUCUCUGUGUAACACAAUGAACCUCUUAAAGAAACUAAGCUAAAUAUGAAUAAAGGUCAUGAAGAAGC